AUGAGCACGACAGUGGAUGAGCCGUCAACAUCAAGUCGCGAGAAGCAUCAUUUGGAAACGGCCGAUGCCUCGUCGCUUUUCAUUCUGAAAGGUGAACUGUAUCGAAAAAUCAAUGAACAACGCCAAAAAACGACAGUUGGGGCCGAGAAGAUCCCAAAAAAGAGUGUACUUAGGGUUACUAAAGAGGAGGAUAAAAAACUCACUGAAGAGAGGCAGCGAAGACAGGAACGUAUCCGUGAGCUGGAAAAAUCAGUGCAACAAGACGAGGAACAAAGAAAACGAGUGCAAAGGAUACUGGAGGAAAAAAGCGAAAUUUACGCCCGGUUAAGUCGCGGUGAAGCAGUUUUGAAUGGUGAUAAUGAACCGGUUGAAUUUUUGGUUGAUUUUGAUGCGAAGAAGCGUGAAGAGGAAAAGCGGCGUGCCGAAGAAGCUGAAAAAGAUAGAACCGAACAAACUGAAGCUGUGCAUUUUAAUCCAACUGAAGAGCAGCGUGUCUAUGGUGUUUCACAUGUUCCACUUCCUAAAACGGAAACGAGUCGAGCGAAAAGGAAAGUUUUACUGGAGCAACGCGAAAAAAUGAAGUGGGAAAGACUGAACAGGAUUCGUAAGCGUAAAGGCCUGGAAGAGUUACCACCACCAGAUGCUGUUGAGGGUAAAGAUUUCUGUAUAUUGAAGUGUUUAUUCCCAGUGUAUCUGCAAGAGUCAUGUUAG